GUGACACGAGCACGUCAACUAGCCCUUUCUGUAUACCGGAAAUAACUGCUGACUGGUUUUGAAAAAUGUUCGUUGAGUUGAGCAAUAUUUUAAGCAGAGGUACCGGUGCUACCGAGCAGCAGCAGCAGGGGAAGCUAGUGUUACUUAUUGACAGCAAUACAGAUGGCAGCUUCCUGGUGCAUCAUCAUCUCUCAGCUAGUCUCAAAGCUAACCGUAAAGUCUGCUUUCUGGGCUUUGCACAGUCCUUCAGUCACUACAGCAGCGUAGCACAGAAAAUGGGGGUUAGCUUAGCAGCAGCAAAGGAACAAGGACAACUAGUAUUUCUGGAAGGAUUAAAAUCAUCUCUUGAACUCCUGUCAGCUGAAGACACGGCAGCAGAGAAGUCACAUCCUCUACAGUUCUUAAGCUUUCCCAGUGCUGAUAUGAAGAGUCUGUAUGAUUAUGUACAGUCAUCUCUUCUGCAGGUCGUUGGCAGUGAGUGGAAGGAGCCAGUUUUGAUUAUAGAUGACUUGAGCAUACUGCUUAGCCUUGGAUUAAGCACUGGUCAUAUACUGGACUUCAUACAUUACUGCAGAGCCAGCAUCUGUUUGCGGUUAAAGGGUGACAUGGUGGCAUUAGUGCACAGUGAUGAUCAGCAGGAUGAGGAAAAUGAACUGCUUGUAAAAUGGCUACAUCACCAGAGCAGUCUUGUCAUCCAAGCAGAGGGGCUCUCAACAGGUUACUGCAAAGACAUCCAUGGACAGGUGAAGAUAACUUGGAGAGAGCCUCCACAAACAGCAUUUGGAUCAGAUGUUACAGAACUUUACCAGUAUAAACUUCUUGAUAAGAAUGUUUCCUUCUUUGCUCGAGGAACAUCAGCAGCUGUCCUGUAAAAGUAAGCCCAGGGACUGCUGUACUAUCACAUCUAAAACCUGCAGGCACUGGCUGUGUGUUGCACAUUUUGGAAACUGAUUAAAGGUAGAACAUCUAAUUUCUACCUAUAAACAGUCAGUCACUUAAAUUUCAUCCGUGAGGAAGGAAAAAAGUCAGCAUGGCUAACUGCAGUAGGAGGGCAACUUCUUUGAAGAGUUGGUACCAUCACUGUGGUCAUUACACAUAACAAAACACUUUUGGGCUGCCAAUUCUUAAUGUGCUGAAAGCAAAAACAGUGUUGUCUGAUUAUCUGUGCUUGUAAGAUGGAUGGUAUAGAAACCCUUAAUCACUGUUGCACAAGGAAGAAACUGAAGAAAAAUCAGACUUUAUUUCCAACACAUUGUGAACCUUUAAUGUAUAAAAUUUAAAGUUAUGUUGGUGCAUUUUUUAGGUAUAUCUCAUCAGGUCACAUGAAACUUUACAUAUUUUAGUAUCAUGGUAAAGCUGUUGUGCAGCAGUCAGCUAGAGAACAGUCAUGGUUACUUGGCAUGCCAGCAGCACUGUGAUCAGCCGUGGUCCUCUUUCCUAUAGUUUCUACCAUCAACAUAUCCCUGGAUUCCACAAGCGUUUUGUUUAUUCACAUUCUAAAACCUUUAUUUUAUCUGUACCUAGCUAAAAAUGUCCAAGAACUAGGCUUGUGAUCCUUUUCUUUCAUUUUAAUUACAAGAAGUCUUUAAUAAAUUAAAUAUUUGUCUGUUCCAUCCCUUUUUAUCAUAUCCUUUCCUGCAGGACCACUGUAAAAUUCAAAUAUAUACCAAGCUCUAAAAGGCAGUUUGAAAUUAAAUUGUUUCUAAAAUGG